UACGCUGAGCUCAUCCCUGUUCACCUGGCAUUGGCACGUACAAAGAAACCUUCUCAGUGUCUGGCAAAACAAAUCGAGCCGUUAAAGUGAGCGCACGCGAAACUCCGUUGCUUGCAUUUAUGGAAUAACCGGGAAAAAAGUUUACAAUUGAAUAGCAAAUAUAAUUAAAAGUUUUAUAUUUCAACAAAAAUCCAAAGAAAAUGUGCGAGGGAGGUGUUUUGAAAGUUAGCUAUCGGAAGCAAUUGAGCAUCAUCAACUAUGAGCCGACCAAUCGUUAUGAGCAAAUUAUCAAAUUGAUUAUCCAACGCUUUAAUAUUCCCGCCACGCAUGAAAGAGCGCUGUUAGUCUCCACCGAAAAUGGCAGAAUUUUCGAUAGAUUACUUUUCGAUUAUUUCCUCACACUCUUUCCAAAUCCCAACAUAAUUUUUUAUAUACGUUAUGAUUAUAAUCGAGCUCAGAGCCUUUUGCAACCGUUACAACAACGCCAAGAAGAAAUAACAACAACAACAAUAGAAAGUAGUGAUGAUACGAAUAUGAAGAAGGAGAAAGGGAAAGUGAAUCUCUGUGGGGACGAGGAAGAAGACCAACAAAGCUUAUACAAUUUUACGCCAGUCUAUCGAAUGAAUUGCUUCAUCUAUGAAUAUCCAACAACUAAAAUAAGAACGACAGAUAAUAAUGGUAAAAAACAGAACUCCAGCGCUGAGAAACAAUCCCCAAGGAGCGAGUUUGCGAAGCGUGUGAAAAAGCGUUUGCAAAUUGGCGAAUUAAAAAAGCGCACAAGAAAACCUUUGGCACAGGUAAAACGCAUUAUGAGACUGUAGCAAGCAAAGAGUGAUACAGAUGAGGGGAAGAGGAGGAAGAGCAUAGAGGCAAACAAGGCCUACAAAAAGCAAAGGACUUCCGUAUGUUUUUAUUUAUGAACGAGAAUUUAUUAAUCAAAAAGGAAAAGGAUUUUUUUUGUCUGAUUGUAUACGACUUUAAUUUAUGUGUAUAUUCUGUUUCAUUAAUCCCAGAUAAUUUGUUUUACAAAAAAUGACUGAUAUAAUCAUAUACAUACUCAUCUAUGUCAAGCAAUCAAAUAUAUUUAUGUGCAUAUGUACCCAUGUACAUACUAUUAUCAUGUAUACUAUUUUCUAGUAUUUAGCAAGUAAGUGUUUCAGUAAGCCAUUCAUUUUUGA